AGAAAAUAAAGAAGAACAUUGCGACGUCACCGAUUCUGACCAAUAAAACAACAAAAACACGUCUGAGCUCCGCCUUCUUUGUUAUUCAACAUGGCCGUGUCCCGAUUACCACCAGCAGCUCUGAGUCUCAAACAGUUUCUGCAGAGACAGAAGGUUCUGGGGGUUUACAGAGACCUGCUCCGAUCCAUCCGCAAAAUACCGAUCGAGUCUGAUCGCAGAUACUUAAGAGACUGGGCCAGAGAAGAGUUCAAGAGGAACAAGAGCGAAACUGACCAGGAUGUGAUUCGCAUGAUGAUCACUCAAGCGCACAAUCAUCUGGAGGAUCUGAGAAGAUCUCUGGCGCUGGCUGGAUGCUAGAACGUCGACGGAUCCCACAGACACCCCACCAUUUAUUAAAAGGAUAGUGCAGGCAGAAAUGAAAACUAUCAUCAGUCACUCAACCUCAUGUAGUUUCAAACACACAAUUCUUGCAUUCAUCUUCAAGUGGAGAUGUUUUAUAAUAAUCUCCUUUUGUCCCUCCAUUACAAGUCCACACAACCAAAAACGUUCAUGCUUUAAAAUGUACAAAACGACAUCUGUAUGAAUCAGGUGUUUUAAUCAAGUCUUCUGAAGAGGCACAAUCCACUUUAUAUGAUGCACAGAAUUAAUUUAGGCUUUCAUUUGCAUAUAAACAUUGAUCAACUUAUACAUAGACAACUAAUACACAAAAACUAAUGUCUCUUCUUACAUUAGAACAAACCUCAUUGGUGCUCAUGCAUCAAUGAAGCAGUGUAUGUGUGCCGAUCAAUGUUUAGAUGUCAACAAAAGCCUGAAUUAAAUCUCUUCAAAGCGAAGUAUAAAGACAUUGUGUCUUGUCUGUGUUAAUGUGCCAGUGUUAUGGGUGAGUGGAUUUUAAAUUGAGGGACAGAAAUCUCUGGUUUCAUUAAAAUAUCUUAAUUUGUGUUUUUGAAGAUGAACGAAAGUCUUAUGGGCUUGGAACGACAUGCGUGUAAGUAACUGACGACUGAUUUUUAUUUUUAGGUGAACUGUCCCUUUAAAAAAAAAAGUACACUGUAAUGUGAAAGUAAAUCUGACAUUUAUUGUGUAUAUAUAUUUAUAACGCACGAGUGCUCAUUCUUUUACUUUGCCAAGUAUUAAUAAAAGCCAAAUACAUUCA